AUGGUCAACAGCCAAGGGGCCAUCCAGAAUGGUCCGCCCAACGGCGGCUACAUGCAGCCGCCAACUGCGGAUCAGCGUCCCAUGGCGCGGCCGUUCACGCUGCCCGAGGCGUUGCCUUACUCUCCCCAGACCUCCGUCAUUCCGUUUACUUCAGAUCUCAUACCCGACCCGACACUCGGCUCCGGCUCGCUUGCUUCGAGCAUAUCGCAUAUGUUCAAUAGUCAGGAAUAUGACAGCCUCAACAAGGAAGCCACCGGGCAAAAUCAGAAUCACGGGCUGAAGCACUUGAAGUAUGCCGUUGAUCAUGUGCUUCAUGAUCUGAAGCCUAACCAGCGGACGUAUUUGUAA